CUUUCUCUCUCUGGCAUUUGCUCUGUGUUUUGUGUGGGUUGAAAGCCUCUUUGAUCGACGAAGAAGGGAUCUUUCCCCGUAAAAAAGCUACCACCGAUCAUUAAUCGAUCUUUGUUUCUCGAAGCCAAAGUGUUUGUUCGAAACUUAAGUGUAUACUUAUAAGAAUCGGACGAGAAUUCUACCGUUUUGUUCUUGCAGCUUUGUACACAUUUUCUUCCUAGUUUUGGGCAUUAGAAGAUUUGAUAUUCUGACAGUGAGGCUGCCUUCUUUCCUCUUUUGAAUUGUCAUACUUUUGUGGAUCUAUUCAAAGAUUUUGAACCGGUUGAUUAUAUAUAAGGAAAAAGAUGUCUUCUCCAAGCAAAAGGAGAGAUAUGGAUGUCAUGAAGCUGAUGAUGAGUGACUAUACUGUGGAGCCGAUCAAUGAUGGAAUUACUGAAUUCAACGUUGAGUUUCAUGGCCCAAAAGAAAGCCUUUAUGAAGGUGGAGUGUGGAAAGUUCGUGUUGAGCUGCCAGAUGCUUACCCUUACAAGUCUCCUUCUAUUGGAUUUCUGAACAAAAUAUUCCACCCAAAUGUUGAUGAGCUGUCUGGUUCUGUAUGCUUGGAUGUUAUCAACCAAUCUUGGAGCCCAAUGUUUGAUCUGCUGAAUGUCUUUGAGGUGUUCCUUCCACAACUUUUGCUUUACCCAAAUCCUUCAGAUCCAUUAAAUGGUGACGCAGCAUCAUUGAUGAUGAAGGACCAGAAACAAUACGAACAGAAAGUGAAAGAGUACUGUGAACGAUAUGCAAAGAGAGAGAACAUUACCAAUCCCGAAGCUGAAGAGAGCAGUGACGACGAUGAUAUCAGUGACGGGCGGAGCACAUCAAGCGACGAUGAAGUUGCAGGCCAUCCAGACCCAUAAGAAACUUUGUGGCCUAUUCAUCUUUAAUGUGAAUUCCCUUGUUUCAUGUUUAAAGAUCCUUCAUUUCUGUAACUUUUAUGUUCAAUUGUUUAUAAAUAUAUGUAGCUAGGGAGAGUGCAUGCGUGCUUGUUAACUUGCACGUAUACCGAAUCAAACUAUAUGCAGGUCCAAGGGAUCAACAGAGAGAGAAAAAAAAGAUGAAAAAUGGUGAAAAAAACAAAUGAAAAUUAUUAUGAUAUAUUUUUCUGUGGAA